UGCGCACAUUUAACUUCUAAGCACUUUCUUUCUCUAUUCUGAGGCAAAAUUUUUCAAUCUGAAGAAGAAAGAAGAAGAAGAAGAUGGCUAGGUCUGCAAAAGGGCAUCAAGAUGAAUUCGAGGACGACGAAGAUGAAGAACUCUUAACUGCAAACACUUCUUCCUCUCUCAACAAGGUCAAGGUGGAUGAACCCAGCAGCGGGAAGAGAGUGAACCCACAUCGUUCAAAGCAUUCAGAGACUGAACAGCGUAGAAGGAGCAAGAUUAACGAAAGAUUUCAAGUUCUGAGAGAUCUCAUACCUCAAAAUGAUCAAAAAAGAGAUAAGGCCUCCUUCUUGUUGGAGGUUAUUGAGUAUAUUCAGUUCCUACAGGAAAAAAUACAAAUUUAUGAACAGUCUUAUGAAGGAUGGAAUCAGGAGCCAACGAAAUUAAUUCCAUGGAGAAAUCAUCAUGGGCCUGCAGAAAAUACUACAGAUCCUUCUCAAGCCAUACAAAAUGGAUCCGUAAAUGAGAAAAAUAAUGAUGUCUGUUCAUCAUUGCCCAAAAAUAUACAGAACGCAAUAGAGUCUGACUUCUCAGCAACAACUAUUCAGAAAAGCCAUACCCCUGGUUCGGCUACAGAAGCAGUUCCCCUGACCAUGCAAAUGCGAUUGGACAUGUUUGACCCAGUUGUUAGCAGUGGUAUGGCCACCCAACAUCUGCAGGAACCUGUAUCUAAUAUUGACAUGCCUUCCCAUACCCAGCCUCAAGUGUGGCUAAAUAAACCAAACAAGGGCAACUAUAUUCUUCCACAUAAUAAUACAUUGAAGGAAGAAGAGGAGCUUGCAAUUGAAAAUGGAUCAGAUAGCAUCUCAAGUGCCUAUUCUCAGGGAAUAUUAGAUAAUCUCACACAAGCACUGCAGUCUUCGGGUGUAGAUAUGUCCCAGACUAGUGUCUCAGUGCAAUUUGAUGUUGGUAGACGAACCAAUACUGAGUUGACCCCCACUGCAUAUGGUGCAAAGGAUCAUGAAAACCAUUUUGUGAACAAUCGAGCAAUAGCAGGUUCCGGAGUUGAUUACUGCAAUGAGGAUUCUGAACAAUGUCCUAAAAGGCUUAGACAAGAAGCAAGCUAGCUAUACCCCUCAUGCCUCAUGUUCAUUUUGUCCCGGUUCAUUAUUAUUGUUAAUUAUUAUUAUUUUGGUCUUAACAUGAGAUUAAAAUUGGGAUUGGGGUGGGACACUUCAUUUUUGCCAUGCUGGUUAGAUCCAGAUAAAAUGUAUAUUUCAUGAUUCUGGUUUUGGAACUAGGACAUUAUUAAAUAAAAUGUCAUAUUAUAUG